AUGAAACAACGACGUAGCAAACCCCCUUGGAGGCCCCCCCGCACGGCCCUAUCUGCCUUCAGCGCUGUCUGCAUCAAUCAGCGCGAGCUGCGAGGUAUUUUUUGUUUAUCGGCCACCGAGUUCCCCACUUGUGAGAGACACGAUGAAGAGGAGUUAUCCCAGUGGGGCAGAAAAGAAAAAGCAGAGGAAGGAAAAGGAGGAAAAAAGAAAGAAAGACAGUGGAUCAUUACUAACUUUUUUAAGACCAAAAAAUCCAGGGAAGGAUAAUGUUCCCCCUCCCAUUCCUGAUGAUGAAAACUUUCCAUCAACAUCCACCUCCAGCAGCACAGCAGUUUGCCAACCUCCUGCGCAGGAAGAUCAAACAGAUGAUCAAACAUCAAUUUCAACUGCGGAUACAGAUGACUUUCCAUCAAGACCCGAAGGUGAAGAGUUGAUCUCAGCGGACCCUGCACAAUGGCCAAGCAUCCUAAGCCAUACCAAACUGUGCCAACUGGUAACAAGGGGACCCAUACAGGUGAAAGAUAUGGCUUUCUCCCAGAAUACAGACAAAACUCCACGUAGAUUCAAAAAGGAAUAUUACGAUAUGACCAUGAAAAAUGGUGACAAAAUACAGCGAAGAUGGCUUAUGUAUUCAGUCAGCACAGACUCAGUCUUCUGCUUUGCAUGCAAGCUUUUUGGAAAACUGGACAGUUCACUUACCAAAGGGGGAUUUAGGAAUUGGAAAAACAUAGCUGGUCAUUUAAAGGAACAGGAGCAUUCAAAGACACAUCAUACCAAUAUGAUGAGUUGGCAGGAACUCAACAGGAGGCUCAAAACCAAAACAGCCAUUGAUCAGAUGAACCAGGAUUUGAUGCAUCUGGAGGUAGAGCACUGGAGAGGUGUAAUACACAGAGUCAUUGCCAUCAUAUGCCAUUUAGCUGAAAGAAAUCAGGGUUUGAGAGGGCAUACAGAAGCUCUAUAUGAUCCACAUAAUGGCAAUUUCCUAGCCCAGGUGGAAUUGAUGGCCCAGUUUGAUCCCUUCAUGAAUGAACACGUAAGAAGGAUUCAAACCAAACAAACAAAAGUACAUUUCCUCAGCAACGAUAUUCAAAACGAAAUAAUUUCAUUGGUGGGAGGCAAAAUCAGUGAGGAGAUAGCCAGACAGGUGAAAGGAGCAAAGUACUUCUCUGUCAUAAUGGAUUGUACUCCAGACACAAGCCACACCGAACAACUGUCUAUCGUCUUGAGAGUGGUGAAAUGUGAGCCAUCAGUUGGUGCAUCGAUCUCUGAACAUUUCCCCGGAUUUGUUGCUUUUCAAGACACCACUGGAAGAGGUCUGUGUGAGACACUUUUGGAAAAGUUGGUUGAACAUCAGAGACUGCCGUGGACAGUCUUACGACAAUGGAAGCAACAUGAUGGGACAUAAACAAGGGGUUCAAGCAAGAUUACUGCAACUGAAUGUGAAGGCAUUGUGUGUCCCAUGCAGCAGUCACACUCUUAAUGUGGUUGGAGCAGAUGCCGCCAAAUCUUCUGUAGGCUCCUCUGUGCAACGCUGGGCAGUUCUACAGGAACAUGUUAAGCACGCAACAGUAAAAUCCUUGUCAGUGACCAGAUGGGAAGCCAGGAUUGACAGCAUGAAAGUUGUCCGUUACCACCUGCCAGAGCUCAUACAAACACUGGCCUCCAAACCCUCUCGGUGCAGAAGAAGGACUCUGAGACAUUGUCCACAGCAAGCAGCAUAAAGGCUGGACUAAUGACAUGGAGAUUUGUACUGUGCACUGUAACCUGGUAUGAUAUUUUGUAUCAGAUCAACCGGUUCAGCAAGAUUCUGCAGAGCCCCAGUGUUUCUCUUGAAACACUUAAAGCAAUAACAAGCGCAGUGAGAACCUAUCUAGAGAAUGCAAGAGAAAGUGGACUUGCUGCCACUCAAACUGAAGCUACAAAGAUAGCAGAGAGCCUUGAAAUUGACAAGACAUUUCCUGCAAAAAGACAGCGAAAAACAACAAAGCAGUUUCUGUAUGAGGGCAGAGAAGAAACCCAGUCCACCCCAGAUGUGCAGUUUAAGAGAGUUUUUCCUGCCUCUGGUGGACACAGCCCUCACCAGCUUGACUGAACGAUUUUCUAAAAUCGAAGAUGUUUUCUGCCUUUAUGGUUUCUUGUUCUCAAAAGAAAACAUGAGAGAGAGUGAUGAGAGUGGCAAACUCACAGACAACUGCAAGAACCUCGAGAAAACACUACAGGAUGUAGAGUCUGAGGAUUUGGUUCUGGAGAUAAGAGCUGCAAUACAUACCUUCCCUGAUGCUGUAGCCUCCUGUCCAAGAAUGAUGCUGGAUUACAUCUACAAGGAGCAGCUUCUGGAUCUCUAUGGAAACCUCAGCAUUGCUCUUCGUCUGCUUCUCACUCUACCCAUCACUGUUGCCUCUAGUGAGAGAAGCUUCCCUGCUUUAAAACUGAUUAAAAAAAACUACCUCAGGGCAACCAUGUCCCAGGAGAGACUUACUGGACUUGCUCUCAUUUCCAUUGAGCACAAUGUGCAAAGGUCUUUGGAUCUGGAUGACUUUGUGACGGCGUUUGCACAAGCUAAAGCUCUCAAGCAUCAUUUUUAGAACAGCAGACCUGUGGGUACCCUGUUUUGCACAAGCCAUGGUGAUUUUGUUUCCUUCUGUUUUUGAUUUUUUGUACAUUAUUUAUUUAUCAUUCACUUUGUUGCAAUUUUAUUUUACAUUUUAUUCUUGGCACCAUCCACUCAGAUUGUAUAUUUUGGAAUUGACAAAAGUUCAUAUUUUAUAUGUCUUGUGGGUGUCAGAUUAUUUUCGUAAGCAUCAUUUCUA